UGCUUUGGUUGCUCGAUCGGACGCUAGCUUCUCAGACAUUAAAAUAUAUGACUGACAUAUUAUAAAAAAACCGCAGCUCUAACCUCAAAAAAAGAAAAACAGAAGUCCUCUUGGGGAUCAUUUCAAUUGGUUGCUGAUUUUUCACUUUCAAAUAAUUAAUUAAAAUAGGCGCCAUACAAUGAGUUCUCCAGAAGAAGUAGUUCUAGUAAAAACCAAAGAUUCCUCACUCUUAAAAGAAAAAGUUUGUGGAUACAACUGGUCCCAGGGUCUUGACUAUGAUAAAAUUCUCCAAAGUUAUUUGCACACUGGUUUUCAAGCCACCAAUUUUGGUUUAGGUGUUGAGGAAAUUAAUAAGAUGUUGGAGUGUAGGAAGUUGCCAAUACCUGCAGACAAGUAUAUAGACAAGGAGGAUGAGCAUAUCACUGUGAGGAGUAACUGUACUAUAUUCCUGGGGUAUACUUCUAACUUGGUGUCAAGUGGAUUGAGGGAAACUAUUAAGUUUUUAGUACAACAUAGUUUGGUAGAUUGCUUAGUUACCACAGCAGGAGGCAUAGAAGAAGACUUUAUAAAAUGCAUGUGCCCAACUUACCUAGGUGACUUCACCCUAGCAGGUAAAUCCCUUAGAGAAAAGGGCAUAAAUCGGAUAGGAAACUUACUGGUUCCCAAUGACAAUUAUUGCUCAUUUGAAAACUGGAUUAUACCAAUUUUUGAUCAGAUGCUUAAGGAGCAAAAAGAAGAAAAGGUAUUGUGGACACCCAGUAGACUAAUUGAUAGGCUUGGGCAAGAGAUCAACCAUGAAGAUAGUAUUUAUUAUUGGGCUUAUAAAAAUAAGAUUCCUGUAUUCUGUCCUGGGUUAACAGAUGGAAGUAUUGGAGAUAUGAUGUUUUUGCAUUCUUUUAAGAAUCCUGGCCUAGUAGUGGACAUUAUCCAAGACCUUAGAAGAAUAAACCUUAUGGCUAUGAAGGCUGUGAACAGUGGAGUGAUUAUUUUAGGAGGAGGAUUAAUCAAACACCAUAUUUGUAAUGCCAAUUUAAUGAGAAAUGGGGCAGAUUUUGCAGUUUAUCUAAACACAGCUUCAGAAUUUGAUGGAAGUGACUCUGGAGCAAGACCGGAUGAAGCAGUUUCAUGGGGAAAGAUAAAGAAGGAGGCCAAACCUGUUAAAAUUUAUGCAGAGGCUACACUGGUGUUCCCGUUAUUGGUUGCCCAGACAUUUGCUAAGGAGGUUUUCAAUAGUUGUAGAAACACUUGAUUUUAAAUAUAAUAUUUUUGGCAUGUGUAA